UAUUAACAUAAUUUUUAGAAAAAUUAGAGAAUGGAAAGUAUGAAUAGAGAAUUUUAUAACAAAAUGGCCAACUCUCAUGUAAGACAUGCUGUCCAAAGCAGAGGAAAAUUAGUGCACAAGUCCAAGAGUUUCCUUGACCAAAAAACUUUGUCAGGGAAUAAAAACGAUAAGAAAGUUAAAUAAAUUGGCAAGUAAUAAGAAUAUGAAGCGGUUGCCAGCGAAUAGGAUCAAUAAAGCUAAAUCUUCAAACACAAAAACAAUGAAAUCCAUGAUGACUGGGAGUUUUGACAGGAAAAAUAAUAUUGAACACGUGUUGGCAGAUCAUAAGGUCAAACUUGGAAGCUUCAAGGUGAGAAAGAAUAAAGAUAAUAAGCUUAUUUCCUCCAAAGAUCAUCAUUCAAAGCAUAAGAAAUACAUCUCAGAAUCCACUAUGUAUCCUCAGGAAGUCAUUACUUCCAAGAAGAAGAAUAAGAUCAAGGCUGUAGUUGUUACAACUGUGAAUUUGACCAGGAAUGGGCAGAAGACAUUUAAAUAAACAGAUGAUCUCUCCUUGCCCUUCUUCAAAGACAUUUGUCAAGGAGAGGAACAGCCUCAAUAAAUUUUUCAAUUCCAAUAGGAAGAAGAACAAGCUAUUGUUUGACACACAGGAUCGAGAUUUAGUAAAGGAUCCAGCAUUGAUGAAGGUAUCCAAAAUUGAAUACCAAAUCAAAAAGCAUUGUUUGAAGAAUAAAAAAUUAGUGAAAACAAUGUCUAGCUCAAGUGCUCACAAACAAAACUUCUCACAAAAAGAAAGAGGUGGUCGCUUGAAACCAUCCCUUUUUCUGGAGAAUAUGAAAGAUGGAGAUAGGCCUACUAGGAAUACUUCAAAGACUUCCUACAGGAACAACCCAAGCCGGAUAGGUGAACUUGAUACCUCCUUUGUUUAUGCGGAUAUUGAUCUGGAAGAUAAAAAGGAAUCAGCGCUUGAUGAACGAGGGAUUAGCGAGAAAAUUACUACAAAAUCUUCAAAGACUUAUGCAAGUAAUUUUCAAAAAGUGGCUGGCAAGAAUAAAUCUUAUGGAUGUUCAUGUGGUAAGCCAAAGGAUCCUACUCUAAAUUGAUGUAAGAGAGCUGAAGAAUGGCUUAAAUAUGCCUUUAAUGGUUCUUCUAAGUCCUUCAGUCAGAAAGAUAAGAAGGUUUUCAAAGAACUUGUGGACACCAAAGUGAAGAAGGAAUCAUGAAUAGAGAAUGAAAAUGAUGAUCGGAUUCCGAUCACAGUGUGAAUAGAGAAUGACUUGAAAAGAACUUUCCCUCAUGAAGAGUACUACCAAUCUUCUGAGGCAAAAGAGACUCUGUUUAAUGUAUUGAAAGCAUACACUCUUUAUGAUACAAAGUGAGGAUAUGUGCAAGGAAUGAACUUUAUCGCAGCUAGUCUAAUCUAUCAUUCAUCUCCAGAUAUUGCAUUCUGGUGUUUAGUAUCCCUGAUGUUUGAUUACAACCUGAGGAACAAUUAUGAAGUUGGAUUCGCAGGGAUCGAGGAUAUUAAUAAUGAGAUCAAGAGAUUGCUUGUUCUUAAAUGAUCGAAAUUAAAUAAGAGGUUUGAGGAAACUGAGACCGAUUUGGGAAUAUUCUCAUUAGAAAUGAUAAUGAGUCUUUUUGGUAUAGCUAUCCCUCUCUCAUGAACAGGAGAAUUUUACGACAACUUCUUCGCAAAUGGGUGGAACUUCUUUGUUAGACUAAUAAUAACCUUCUUAGAGAGUAUCCAGCAAACUCUACUACAAGAAGAAGAUCCUUGGAAGAUUAUCAGGCUCAUAAAAGCCCAUACUUCUUCCCCUUCCAAUGCGCACAGGUUCGAUGAACUAGACCCAUCACCUAUAAACUGGGCUGAACUAAUCAGGAAGGCCAGUGAGAUGGAUUCAUAAUAAACCUUUAUUUUA